UGUGGAAAAUUGAAAGGAGAUGACCUUCAGUCCAUUAAGAAGGAGUUGACCCAAAUAAAACAAAAAACAAAAAGUGGAUUCUCUUCUGGAAAGCCUGGAAAAAAUUGAAAAGGAACAGAGCAAACAAACAGUAGAGAUGAAGAAUGAUAAGUCAGAAGAGGAGCAGAGCAGCAGCUCCCUGAAGAAAGAUGAGACUAAUGUGAAGAUGGAGUCUGAGGGGGGUGCAGAUGACUCUGCUGAGGAGGGGGACCUACUGGAUGAUGAUGAUAAUGAAGAUCGGGGUGAUGACCAGCUGGAGUUGAUCAAGGAUGAUGAAAAAGAGGCUGAGGAAGGAGAGGAUGACAGAGACAGCGCCAAUGGCCAGGAUGACUCUUAAGCACAUAGUGGGGUUUAGAAUCUUAUCCCAUUGUUUCUUUAUCUAGGCGCUUGUCUAAGAUCAAAAUUUUCACCAGAUCCUCUCCCCUAGUAUCUUCUUCACUGUUCGCCCCAUCCUUGUCUUUCCCGUGUUCAUUAAUUCAUUUCCCUGCGCCUAGUCCCAUGUUCACUUCCUUUGAUGCUCCUGGUAGUUUUGUUAAGUCUUGCCCUGUAAUUUUUGCUUUUUAAUUUUGAUACCUCUGACUUAACAAUAAAAAAGGAUGUAUGGUUUUUAUCAACUGUCUCCAAAAUAAUCUCUUGUUAAUGCAGGGAGUACAGUUCUUUCCAUGCAUACACAAGUUCUGUAGUUGCUUCCCUAACUGCAAAGGCCAUCUCAUUUAGCUGAGUAGCACCUGUGAGCAGCUUUGAGUUAAAGGUGUGUGUGCUCUACCCCACCUGAUAGUGCUGUGUGGGACUGUUCAACACAACUGUAACAAUGUAUUUUUGUGAAUGAGAGUUGGCAUGUCAAAUGCAUCCUCUAGAAAAAAAAAUAGUGUAAUAGUCUCAAUAUUUGUUUUCUAAAGUUGAUACUGUGGGUUAUUUUUGUGAACAGCCUGAUGUUGGGACCUUUUUUCUCAAAAUAAACGAGUCCUUAUUAAACCA